GCCACGUAUAAAAGAACUUGUAAACGGGAAGGGCCGACUGGGACAAAGAGAGAAGCAGAGUUGGGAAAAUGCAGAUAUUUGUGAAAACCCUAACGGGUAAGACCAUAACCCUGGAGGUCGAAUCCAGCGACACUAUCGACAAUGUCAAGGCUAAGAUUCAGGAUAAGGAAGGUAUCCCACCUGACCAGCAGAGGUUGAUCUUCGCCGGAAAGCAGCUCGAGGAUGGCCGUACUCUUGCUGACUACAAUAUUCAGAAAGAGUCAACCUUACAUCUUGUUCUGCGGCUUCGUGGUGGCAUUAUCGAGCCUUCUUUGAUGGCAUUGGCUAGGAAAUACAAUCAAGACAAGAUGAUCUGCCGCAAGUGUUAUGCUCGUCUGCACCCCCGUGCUGUGAACUGCAGGAAAAAGAAGUGUGGACACAGCAAUCAGUUGAGGCCAAAGAAGAAGAUCAAGUAGAGAUGCUUAUGUUGAGGGAUGAAAUUCUGCUUUUACUAUUAGAUUUCUGGUUGUUUUUUUAGGAAGGCAUAGUUCUAAAAAACAAGAGAUCUUGACUAUCUUAAAGUUGGCUUUAAAUUCGGCUUGAAAGUCGUCGUAUUUGUGAUUCUGUUUAAUCUUUGAUAAUGAAUUGUUGGUUUUUGAUAA